UUCAACAGGCACGCGCGGUAGGCGGAGAACGCGCAAAAUUUGAAAGUUGACCGGAAACGACAGGAAGUAAACGGGGCGCUACUGUUAGUUAGUCGAUGUUUUGUGUAAGUUGAAAAGAAUAUUGUAGCUACAUGCAUGGCAGAUUGGUUGUUUGCUGUUAAGAAGCCAUGUUGAAGUUCAAAUACGUGAGUCAGGGAAGCCUGAAAACGCUGCCGUCCUCCGCGGAUCCCAUCACCAGUCGCAGCGCCAGACUCAACCAGGUGUUCCAGGGCCGGGUCACUCUGUGUGGGCAGCAGGGGGGAUGCACUUUGGGCCGGGAAGAGUUUCUGGAAGCUCUGCUUCUGCUCUACCAAGAGUGUACCAGCCCAGAGCUCUUGAAGAUACAUCAUGUGGCAAACUUUGUCAGCAAGUUUUCUGGUCUAGUGUCGGAGCUACGGGCCCUGCAGCCUGGAAUUCAUGACUUUGAACUGCGUGCAGUUGUUGGUCGAGGUCGCUUCGCUGAAGUCCAAGUAGUCAGAGAGAAAGCCACUGGAGAUGUUUGUGCACUCAAAGUCAUGGAAAAAAGUGUUUUACGCAGCAAAGAAAAUGUUGUUUUUCAUGAAGAAGAGCGGAAGAUCCUAGCUCUCAACAGCAGUCCCUGGAUCCCACAGCUACUCUGUGCUUUCCAAGAUAACGAUAAUGUCUACUUGGCAAUGGAGUACUUGCCUGGCGGUGACCUGAUGUCCCUCCUAAACCGAUACGAAGAUCAGUUUGAUGAAUCAAUGGCUCAGUUCUAUUUGGCAGAACUGGUGGAGGCCAUUCAUGCAGUUCACCAGAUGGGCUACGUCCACAGAGACGUCAAACCAGAGAACGUUCUCAUCGAUCGGACGGGUCACGUUAAACUGGCAGACUUUGGAUCAGCUGCCAGACUCACUGCUAACAAAACAGUGGCAGCUCCAACAGUACCUGUUGGGACUCAGGACUUUCUGUCUCCUGAGGUCCUAACAGCCAUGAACGGGGGCUCACACAGCACAUAUGGAGUUGAGUGUGACUGGUGGUCUCUUGGGGUCAUAGCCUAUGAGAUGAUUUAUGCCAGGUCUCCAUUUUCUGAAGGCACAUCUACCAAGACCAUCCACAACAUCCUCAACUUCCAGCAUUUUCUAAAGUUUCCAGAGGAGCCGCAGGCCAGUAGGCAGUUUGUCGACCUGGUGCAGAGUUUGCUGUGUGGAGCCAAAGAGCGACUAGGUUUUCAGGGACUCCGCUGUCAUGCUUUCUUCUCCAAUGUAGACUGGAAUAACCUAAGACACAUUCUCCCGCCUUUUGUUCCUGCGUUGCAUGCUGAAGAUGACACCUCUAAUUUCGAGGAGCCGGAGAAGGCAUCCCCCCGGCCAGCCUCAGCAGCCCAGCGUGGAGCUCUGCCAACGGGCUUCCGGGGCCAGGAUUUACCCUUUCUAGGCUGGUUUUUCAGCAGAGCGUUGACAACAUUGGCCAAAACAGAGUCAGUGUCUGCAGGUCUUAACUCCCCUGCCAAGACCAACUCCAUGGAAAAGAAACUACACCUUAAAAGCAAAGAACUACAGGAAACUCAAGACAAAUGUCACAAGAUGGAGCAGGAAAUUUCCAGGUUUCAACGUAAAAUGACUGACCUGGAGUCAGUGCUCCACCAGAAAGAUGUGGAGCUGAAGGCAUCCGAGACUCAGAGGAGCAUCUUGGAGCAAGACCUCGCCACCUACAUUACUGAGUGCAGUAGCCUAAAGCGAAGCUUGGAAGAGGCACGUGUGGAGGUCUCCAGAGAGGAUGACAAGGCAAUGCAGCUGCUGCAUGACAUCCGUGAACAGAGCAACAAGCUGCAGGAAAUUAAAGAGCAAGAGUACCAUGCCCAGCUAGAGGAGAUGCAGGUGACCAUCAGGCAACUUGAGGAGGACCUAUCAGCUGCCCGACGCCGGAGUGACCUCUAUGAAUCUGAACUCAGAGACUCCAGGCAAACGAGUGAGGAGCUCAAAAGGAAAGCUGUGGAAUACCAGCAAAGAAUCCAGAAGGCCAAAGAACAGGGCAAAGCUGAAGUGGAAGAGCUUCUCUCUAAACUUGAGAAGACUAAUUCCGAGCAGCAGAUAAAAAUCCAAGAGCUCCAGGACAAAUUGUCAAAGGCAGUGAAAGCGAGCACAGAGGCCACUGAGCUACUGCAGAAUGUCCGGCAGGCCAAAGAGCGUCUGGAACGAGACCUGGAGCGCCUGCGAGGCAAAACCGACUCUAGUGACACUUUAAAACGCCGUCUAAGGGAGACAGAGCAGGAGGGCAGGAAGACUCUGGAAAACCAGGUAAAAAGGCUGGAGAUGGUCGAGCGAAGAGAGAAUAAGCUAAAAGAUGACAUUCAGACCAAAUCCCAGCAGAUCCAGCAGAUGGCUGAGAAGAUCCUGGAGCUUGAGGAGAAUCUGAGAGAUGCCCAGUCUACCGCUCAGAGGAUGGAAACCCAACUGGUUCAAAAGGAGAGACUUUUUGAAGACAAGAUUAAGGUUCUGGAGGCCCAGAUGAAGGUGGACCUGGCUGACAAAGAGAGCCUGGAGGCCAGACGUGCCCAGCAGGAAGAGGAGUCGAGGGAAAACUGCAAACUAAUCAGUGAACAAAAAGCAACAAUUAAUGCUAUGGAUUCCAAGAUGAAGAACCUGGAGCAGCGCAUUGCUGAGCUGUCAGAGGCUAACAAGCUGGCCGCUAACAGCAGCAUCUACACCCAGAAGAAUAUGAAAGCCCAGGAGGAGAUGAUCUCAGAGCUAAGACAGCAAAAAUUCUAUUUGGAGUCACAGGCAGGCAAGCUGGAGGCCCAAAAUGCCAAACUAGAGGAGCACCUUGAGAAGAUGAGCCAGCAGGAGCAGACCAAGAGGACAAGGCUAAUGGAGCUGGAGAGCAGGCUGCGGGAGAUGGGCCUGGAACACGAAGAGGAGAAGCUGGAAAUCAAGAGACAGGUGUCGGAGCUGACCCUUUCCCUGCAGGAACGAGAGUCCCAGAUUAGCAGCCUGCAGGCUGCCCGUCUUGCCUUGGAGAGCCAGCUGCAGCAAGCAAAGACUGAGCUGGAAGAGACCAGUGCAGAGGCUGAGGAGGAGAUCACCGCCCUCAGGAAUCACAGAGACGAAAUUCAGCGCAAGUUUGAUGCCUUGAGAGACAGCUGCUCUGUUAUUACAGACCUGGAGGAGCAGCUUACUCAGCUGAGUCAGGAGAACGCUGAGUUGAACCGCCAGAACUUCUACUUAUCCAAACAGCUGGAUGAAGCUUCAGAUGAGAGGGAGGACCAGCUGCAACUCAGCCAGGAAGUGGACCGGCUGCGGAGGGAGGUAGCAGACCGUGAGAUGCACCUUAACAACCAGAAACAGAACAUUGAGACACUGAAGACCACAUGCAGCAUGUUGGAGGAGCAGGUGGUGGAGCUGGAGUCUCUAAAUGAUGAGUUACUGGAGAAAGAGAGGCAGUGGGAGGCGUGGAGAUCAGCCCUGGAGGAUGAAAAAAGCCAAGCCGAGAGACGCACAAGGGACCUGCAGAGACUGCUGGACAAUGAGAAACAGAACAGGCUUCGUGCAGAUCAGCGCAGCUCUGAGUCACGCCAGGCAGUGGAGCUGGCAGUCAAGGAGCAUAAGGCUGAGAUCCUUGCUUUACAACAGGCUUUGAAGGAACAGAGACUAAAGGCUGAAAGUUUGUCUGAUACUCUCAAUGAUCUUGAGAAGAAACACGCCAUGCUGGAGAUGAAUGCCCGCAGCCUGCAGCAAAAACUAGAGACAGAGCGAGAGCUGAAACAGAGACUUAUGGAAGAGCAAGCAAAGCUGCAGCAACAGAUGGACCUUCAGAAGAGCCACAUUUUCCGUCUGACCCAAGGCCUCCAGGAUGCCCUCGACCAGACUGACAUGCUCAAGACUGAGAGGACGGAUCUGGAGUACCAGCUGGAGAAUAUACAGGCUGUGUACUCCCAUGAGAAGGUAAAGAUGGAGGGAACCAUAUCCCAGCAGACCAAACUCAUUGACUUCCUGCAGGCCAAAAUGGAUCAGCCUACUAAGAAGAAAAAGGGUAUAUUUGGACGGCGACGGGAAGACGUAGGCACAACAACUAAUGGGGCACUUGCUCCCCCGGCCCAGGCGGCAGUACCCAUGCAGUACAGUGAUAUGAAACUUGCUUUGGACAAAGAACGCUCAAGGUGUGCAGAGCUGGAAGAGGCUCUGCAGAAGAUGAGGAUAGAGUUACGGUCCCUUAGAGAAGAGGCAGCUCACUUUAAGGCCCAAGAACAUGUGGCUCCUUCGACGCCAGCUCAGGCUCGUCAUCAGAUCCUUAUGUCAGCCAUUGUCAAAUCUCCAGAACAUCAACCGAACCCCAGUAGCCUGCUCAACCCCUCCACACGCUGCAAGGAGUCCUCCACCCCCGAAGAAAAGAGGAGAGUCACCUUUGAAAAGUUUGGUCGUCGUGUAAAGGAGAGAAUGCAUCACAACAUCCCUCAUCGCUUCACUGUGGGCCUUAACAUGAGAGCUGCCAAGUGUGCAGUCUGCCUGGACACUGUGCAUUUUGGACGACAGGCUGCCACUUGUCUUGAGUGCAAUACCCUGUGCCACCCUAAAUGCUCACCAUGUCUUCCGGCCACCUGUGGUCUGCCAGCUGAGUAUGCCACUCACUUCUCAGAGGCUCUGUGCCGAGAAAAGGCAAGCUCACCUGCACUUCAGGUCAAAGAGGCCAGUGGGCAUGUUCGCUUGGAGGGAUGGAUGAAACAGCCUAGAAAUGGAAAGCGUGGCCAGCAGGGCUGGGAGAGGAAGUAUGUAGUGGUGGAUGGAACCAAAGUGUCCGUCUAUGACAGUGAGCCCAGAGAAGAUUGUGUAAAGGCUGAAGAGGAGUUUGAGCUCUGUCUGCCUGAUGGAGAGGUGACUGUUCAUGGUGCUGUUGGAGCCUCUGAGCUCAUCAACACUGCCAAGUCAGACAUCCCCUAUGUGUUAAAGCUGGAGUCACACCCCCACACUACCUGCUGGCCAGGCCAGGCCCUCUACUUUAUGGCUCCCAGUUUCCCUGACAAGCAGCGCUGGGUGGCUGUCCUGGAGUCUGUGGUGGCUGGUAGCCGUGGAUCUAAAGACAAGGUGGAUGCUGAUGCUGCAGGUGUUUCUAAAAGACAGAAGAAUCUUUCCCCUCUGGUUCAGAAACUCCUGGGGAACUCUCUGCUAAAGCUGGAGGGUGAUGACCGUUUGGACAUUAACUGCACUUUGCCUCUCACUGACCAGAUUGUGUUAGUCGGGUCUGAGGAGGGUCUAUAUGCUCUAAAUGUUAUCAAAAACUCCUUGACACACAUACCUGGGCUGGCCUCCGUCUUCCAGAUCCAGAUCUUGAAAGACCUUGAUAAGCUGCUAAUGAUCACAGGUGAGGACAGGGCCCUCUGUCUGGUGGAGAUCAAGAAGGUGAAACAGUCUCUGUCGCAGUCCCAUCUCCCAGCUCAGCCUGACCUCAACCCUUUCAUCUUUGAGACGGUCAAGGGAUGCCACCUGUUCUCUUCUGGAAAGAUUGAUAACGGGAUCUGCAUUUGUGCUGCGAUGCCCAAUAAAAUAACAAUUCUGCGACAUAAUGAAAGCCUCAACAAGUUCUGCAUCAGAAAGGAAAUUGAGACAUCAGAGCCUUGUAGUUGCAUCCAUUUUACUGGCUACAGUAUCAUCAUUGGCACCAACAAGUUUUAUGAGAUUGAGAUGAAGCAGUAUGUGCUGGAAGAGUUCCUGGAUAAAAAUGAUGUCACGUUGGCUUCUGCUGUCUUCGCCGCAUCCUCCCACAGCUUCCCUAUCUCUAUCAUCCAAGUCACCACGGCCCCACAGAAGGAUGAAUACCUGCUUUGUUUCCAUGAGUUUGGUGUGUUUGUGGAUUCAUAUGGCCGCAGAAGUAGAACUGAUGAUAUCAAAUGGAGCCGCCUGCCUCUAUCAUUUGCCUAUAGAGAACCCUACCUGUUUGUGACCUACUUUAACUCUCUGGAUGUUAUUGAGAUUCAGGGACAUGCUGCUCUUGGGCCUCACUCAUAUGCACACCUGGACAUACCAAACCCACGCUACCUUGGCCCUGCAAUCUCAUCUGGGGCCAUUUACUUGGCCUCUUCGUACCAGAACAAACUUCGGGUCAUCUGCUGCAAGGGCAACCUGGUUCAAAGCCAGGAGGGUGGAGGAGAACUGCAGAGGAACGGCUCUGGGCGCAGCCCUAACAAGCGCGGGCCUCCAUCCUACAACGAGCACAUCUCUAAAAGACUGGCAGCUAAUCCCCUGGUUCAUGGAGAUCCUGGCACACCUCAUCGCUACAGAGAGGCUCGCACGGAGUUUCGACGAGACAAGUCCCCCAGCCGCCCGCUGGAGAGAGAAAAGUCCCCGGGCAGGAUGCUGGAGAGCCGCAUCGCUGGGUCUCCUGGCCGGGCAAUGGCCGACCCCCGGCUGGAGCGCUCCCCUGGCAGAGCUAUGGCAGACCCUCGAAUGGACCGCUCCCCUGGUCGAAUGAUGGAUGUCCGCAGAGAGAGGUCCCCUGGGCGCUUCGCAGAGCGCCAGAGGCUUCAUACUGGUUCUGGGCGCACACCCAUAAAUCCUGUUAACAAGGUAUGGGACCAGUCGUCUGUUUGAGCCGGCAGAGCCAUAUUCCCAGCGUGGACACAGAAUCGUCUUUGGAAAAAGGGAAAGGAGCUAUCAGUCAGUGAAAAUGUCACCAACUCAUGAUGAAACACUGCCACACAUCUGUUUUGCCUGAUAUUUAAACAGAAAAUCUAAAACCCACCGAGGAAAACAACAUAGUGGUAAGAAUUGGGAGAAGAUGAGGGACUAAAUAGAUGUCAUUAGAAUCAGGUUAAUUUUACUUAAUGAACUGACCUGAGUCAAUAAAGGUCAACAAAAUGCCAUAUUAACAACUUGAGCAGGGUUUUUUGUCUUUUAGUUUAACGUUGUGCUCUAAAUUCUGAAAAGUGUUUAGUAAUUAGGUAAAUUUGUUACUAAAAAAUUAGACUGAGUUUCUAACUUAAACCCUGAUUCAGUGGGUUUUUCUAGCUUCAAUUAACUCAACACAGUAGUGGCUAUAAUAGACAAGCACAGCUGUAGCAACUUCUCACAUCAGCACCUGAAUAUAUACAAAAUCAGUCACAUCAGUGAAAAUGGCAAAGAUUCACUUAAAGUUGCAUUAACACACCGGCCUCUUUUCCACAGCAGCUACUAGUCACGGCAGGAGAGCGCUGUGCUUCUGGCUCCUUCCCUGCACUGACAUAAAAAUGAACACAAUCAUUACCAGCUAAUUACAAUCGUUCUCCCCUAAUCUGGGUCUUUGGUUAAGGCUUUGGUUAGUUACUGUGACGUAGCAGGAGCACAAAUACAUCUAAGUAAACAAACCGUCCGUACCACGUAGAACCACACACCAGAUGAUUGUCCGCUUUCCGAAAGAUUGACAUUAAAACUGCACUACCCGCAAUCCCCAGCAGCGAUGGAGCAGGACCUUUCUAAUACUUAAGAAUGCUAUCUGACUGUAAAUAGACAAGACAUAAUUUUAUAUAUAUUAAGAAGGAAUUUCAAGGCUGGAUAAGCCGUGUCUAUUUUUGUUAAAGAAAAAAAAGUGAUUAUGUGUCCUCUUGAAUGUCCAAUGAGUAUUCUUUUAAUAUGUCCAAACGUCCUCUAUCAAGUAAGUGAUUGUAUCUGGAUCCAACUCGUGUAUGCACUUCCAUCUGUCAAAGGCAAAACCUCAGCGCUGAACUAUAUGACAGGAGGGGAGGAAAUCAUGUUCAAAGCUUACAACAUAGUACCUGAGCAUUUCUUUUUGUACAAUGUCCCUAAGUAUUGUAUAUAACCCAAAACUGUUCACGGUGAAGAUAAAAAAUAUUCUGCUUUUGUUUUCCUGAUUCGUAAAUGGCAUGGAUAUGUAUAUCUGAAAUGAAACAGAGUGUUGUCUUCUGCUUCUGCCUCAUUUGGGUUUCUAUUUUUAUUCCGCAGUCUAACAAGAAAGCACGUGAAUAACAUAUCCUUUAUUUUGCACAGUGAACUCAUAAAAUCACGCUUUUCUUCACAAGUUAAAUGCUUAAUUGACACUAAAAUCGCUCCAAAUCCUUGCAGCCAGGAUGCUUCCACCAGACCAGGGCCCACUGCUGAUCACCUGGAUCAGGUGUCUGCAGCCAGACAGGAGCCGUAAGUGAUGAUGGUUGAGAAAAACGAGCAGCAGGAGAGUCGACCAUCAUCCCUGUUUCACUGCUGUAUAGCAAUUAGACGCUUUUAGAUGGAAGCUUUAAAUGACCUGGUGUGUCUGAACAGUAGCGCGCUCACAUUGUUUCUGAAUCAGCUGUUUGUUUGGAGAUGUAAAAAUCUUCCUGAAUGUAUUUAAGCCAAGAAGAUGGACCUGAUUUGAUUGGAAGGAAAAUUACCCGAUGCUACAGAUUGCACAUGUUUUCUACUGGUCACUAGAAGGAGUUUUCCAUCCAGUUUCAUUUCAUUUUUAUAUUGUUUUUAAUUUGCCUUUCUUUUCACAUGAACCUGAAUCAUAAUGCUGUAACGCUGGAUAUGAUAUUGAUGUCUGCUAACAAAUGUUUUAUUAGCUUUUCCUGUAGAGGUUUUGUCACAGAAUAUUAAAUAUUAUAACCAUUGUC